AAAAGACAUGGCAUGGAAUGGAAGUAGACACGAUUUACUUGUCUCCUGGAGCCUGGAGAUCCAAACACUUAUGGCUCUUCCAAUGGAGAACGUGACAAUAUUGCCUCAGGAGAGCUCCUUAGCACCUCUGGACACAGCUGUUGACUCUGUUCAUCCUGUCUGGGCUGCUCUUGAUAUCCUGUGCAUAAUCAUCUUUGGAAUAACAUUCAUCACGGGUACAGUUGGCAAUGCACUUGUCAUCUGGGUGGCUGGUUUUUGUAUGCCUUGUACUGUCAAUACUGUGUGGUUUGUGAACAUCGCUGUGGCUGACUUUGCUUUCUGCCUCUCUCUGCCACUCAACAUGACCUUUGUGAUUCUGCAUAGACACUGGCCAUUUGGUCGGGUUCUCUGCAAACUCCAUGGUGCUAUGAAUAAUCUCAACUUCUUCGCCAGUGUCUUCCUAGUGUCCCUCUAUUCGGUGGACCGCUGUGUCACUGUAUAUUGUCCCCUUUGGGCCAGAAAACACCGAAGGCCACAUUUGGCAGCCUUUGGGGCUUUGGGAGCCUGGAUUAUGGCCCUUGCCUUCUGUGGUUCCUCAUUAGUGAUCAAGGACACAAUCACAUACCAAGGUAUCACCUACUGCUACAAUAACUAUGAUAUCUGGAAUGAAACCCAUAAGAACUACAGCCUGUGGCAGCAGAUCGCCAUCCCUCGGUAUUAUACUCUUAUCAUCAUCCGUUCAGUAUGUGGCUUUGUGGGACCGGCAGUUAUAAUUGGAGUCUCUUAUAGCCUGAUAAGUGCCAAGCUUUGGAAGAAUAAGCUUGCAUCGUCUAGCCGGCCCUAUCGGGUCCUCAUGGCUGUGGUUGUUGCUUUCUUCCUCUGCUGGCUACCUUUCCAUGUGCUACAGUGGGCAGAAUUCAUUUCCUCUUUGAAGGACUAUAAGGCCCUCUACAACAUUAUCCAACGGUUGGGCUCAUUAUCCACCUCUUUGGCCUUCUUGAAUAGCUGCCUCAAUCCAGUGCUUUAUGUUUUCAUUGGGCAUGAUUAUCGUGAGCAGUUGCUCCACUCUCUGCCAGCUGCCCUGGAACGAGCCUUUGCUGAGGAGCCACGGACAAAGGACAUUGCUUCUGAAGGUCACAAGAUUAUAAGAUAUCAACAAAAACUGUUUCCACUUGCAGCUAAAUUUUCAAAGUAAUAGGAUUGCUAUCAAAAUGAUUUGUAGCAUGCAGCUCAUGACUUUUAAGACUCAUUUUACACUGAUCGGAGCACUCUGUACCCUAGAGUAAAUUUCCCCUCUCUCUCUAAGUUGACUCAUCUGCAAAAAUAGGGGGUUAAAUUAGAUAGUUUCUAAGGCGCUUUUCAUUUUUAUACUCCAUGGUAUAUUAAGCAUAUUAAGCUUAUAAGCACAUUAAGGGGAGGAUCAUAGGAUCAUAAAUGUAUAGCAGCAAGGGGCUUUAGAGAUCCUUAAAAGUCCAAAGAUGUUUAAUUUUAGGUCAUAGACCCUUAAAUCUUCCAUGAUUUAAGGCUGUCUGUGAGCCUGGAUGGAGAAAAAUGUUUCUUUAUUUUAAUCUAAUUGAUUUAUUUUGUAAUCCUAUGCAUUUUGUUUUAGUAUUUAAGGACUUUAUUAUGUGAAAGGGUUCAUAAGUUUCAUCAGAACCUUUGGUCAACUUUUUCAUUUUAAAAUGUAUGAUAUUUAGUGAAUAAGAAGUUGAAAGUUGCUGAUUUACAUGAAAGUGAUUUUCUCCUCAACUAAGUGCCCAACUCACUUGGGUGGAAGUGGCAAAGGUUAGUUUCAAACCAGGACUCUGGAUUCUCCAAUCAAUGCUCUUUCCAUUCUACCCAACUUGGAAAUGGAUAUAUAUGGUAAAACCAGAUAGUUUAAGUUUAGUGGUACAAAGUACUGGAUAUAUCAGAUUAGGGUAGGACCAUUGUGUGCUGGGGUACUCAGAAUUUUGUCCUAAUGAAUGAUGGAAAAUUUGAUUUGGUCCUGAAGAAUGGAUAGAAACUGGAGAGGUGAAGGAUGGAGGAGACAAUAAUAUAAAAGUCAUUUUGAUAAAAUAUUUUAAUGGAGGCAUAGAGGACAUACUUAAAAAUUUAAGAAAAAGCACAAACUUGCAAAGGAUAUCAAAUAUAUUAGGUGAUAAGAUCAGAAUCCAUAAAUAUUUCUACAGAGAUAUCUAAUGAGAUAUAAGAGGAGACCUUGAGAGAUAAAUUUGUUGAAGCAAUUGAAGUUAAAUGACUUGCUCAGGAUCACACAGCUAGGAAGUGUAAAGUAUCUGAAACAGAUUUAAACUCAGGUCCUCCUGACUUCAGGGCUAGUGCUCUAUCCACUGUACCACUUAGUAGCCCUGAGAUAAUGUUCUUUUGGAAAAAAAAAUUGGAAUUUUUAGUGAACUGCAAACUCAAGAUGAUUCAACUGGGUAAUAUGGCAAUUAAAAAAUAAUCAAUAUAAGAUGAUGAAAAGGGAGAGAAUAAUUGCUUGUUAAAUUUUACAAAAUAAAAUAAAAAUUAUAUUCACAAAGCUUAUGUAAUUUUAGUUUAUAUUAAAAGAAAGAGAGAUUGUACCUAGAAUAAAAGAUAGUAGUCCUGUUCUAUUCUGCUCUUCAUGUAGGAUAUUUGUCACUGACUUCAUUGACUACUUGCAUGGUAGGAUAUUCUCAUUCCUUCAUUCCUUGAGAUUUGCUUUUCUACUUAAGUCCUGCUUUUCAGUGAAAAGAUUACCCCAGUUCCUACUUCUACUAUUUUUUCACAAUAAUAACACUAUAUAUCAUAUGAUCUAGUUCCUCCACUCUGAAGAUUAUGUGCACAAAGAUUUCUUUUGGUUCUGCCUUGCAUGUGGAAACACUCAUCUUAUUUGGUGUUUGUUAAUCUCAAAAAAUAAAAAAAAGUAAAAAAAAAAA